AUGACUCUAUUUCGUCAUACAAUCAACAAACCUCUUCGCUCCCUAUCCUAUAAACCCAGCAAACAACUAUCUUCCAAGACUAUCCCCCCCACCUACCCAAUAGAAGAAGAACGCAACCCACACUGCAAUCCAAACAAAUACUAUCCCGCCCGAAUCGGAGAAACCAUCGGGAACAAAUACUGUAUCAUCUCCAAACUAGGAUGGGGUGCUAAUUCCACCGCGUGGUUAGCGAAGGAUAUAUCUCGCUGGCCCUGGCAAUCAACCAAAUAUGUAACCGUGAAGAUCACGAACUGCGGUGAGGGGGAGAAGAAAGCCGCGGAGGAGGAAUUGAGCAUAUCGCAGCAUAUCUCCGGACUGCGGUCUGAACAUGAAGGUCGUUCGUAUGUUAGACUUGUUGAGGAUUCGUUUGAAGUACGAGGUAGUAUCCUUGGAGACGAUCAUUUGUGCUUGGUCUUCAAGCCACUCAGAGAGCCGCUUUGGGUUCUAGGACGACAUCUGGGCAGUACGAACGGGGUGCCUCCGCAGGUUCUGAAAGCUUUCUUAAGGGUUAUACUAACGGGUUUGAAUUUCUUGCAUUCCGAAUGUCGGAUCAUACACACUGAUCUAAAAGCCGACAACUUCCUCAUCGGAUUCGAGGACAUCACCAUUAUCGAUAAAUAUGUCCGCCAACAAGAAGCUCAUCCCGCUCCGCAUGUACUCCGGAACGGACGUCCUAUAUACGAAUCUAGGAACGACUUCGGCCCACUCAAAAAAGGAGUAGGCAUGCUGAAGAUUUCCGACUUCAGUGCUGCUGUUUUUGGGGAUGUACUGACCCCGCAUAACCAUGACAUCCAGCCUCAGCCAUUCUGCGCCCCUGAGGUUCUGUUGAAGGCUGGUUGGUCGUACAGUGCUGAUGUUUGGAAUUUAGGGACAGUGCUUUGGGAACUGCUCGCUGAUGAGACGCUAUUUGAUGGGGUAUGUGAACAUCGAAGGAAAUAUUCCAAGGAGGUGCAUGUCGCGCAGAUGAUUAGGCUGCUGGGGGGGCCUCCCCCCUCACGGUUUCUGGAUAAAUGUGAUCCGUGUAUACGGGAUGGCUUGUUUUCGGCUCAAGGGACAUUCAAGUUCCCUGGGUUGAUUCCGUCGGAGGAAUUCAAUUUCUCGAAUAUGACGCCCUUUCUACAUGGAGAGGAUAAACGCUUGUUCAUUGGAUUCGUUCGGAGAAUGCUCCAGUGGGAACCGGAGAGUCGGUCGAGUGCGAAGGAGCUCUAUAAUGACCCUUGGCUUUGUUAUGAACCUUAG